CCUCAGACUGCCAGGCAAUAUGUUAAAGAUAUUGGUGAACACUUCAGCCAGUUGAUCAGCACAGGUCUUACGUACUUGGCUAUGUACCACAGCUAGGCCAGAUGCUUUCUGUGAAUUCAUCCUCCUGAAGAAUGCUCUCAUGUCAGCCCCCAGAUAUUGAAAUCAUAGGGUCAUCAGGGGCUGUGGGAGUUUCUGAAGGUUCCUCCAUGUUUUGAUGGUCAAAGUGAGCAUAGAGACAUUGAGCUUAUCUCAGAAUGAAGUUUUGUUGUCACCUAUGUUGCUUGCUUUCACUUUGUAAGAGGUAAUAGCAUUCAAGUCCUGCCACAGCUGCUGUGCAUCCCCCAUUGACUCAAGUUUGGUUCGAAUUGCCACUAUGCACCUGAGAUGGCUUUCUGGUCAUCUCUGAAACUCAGAAGGUUCAUUUAUGAUCAAAGUAUACAACUCUGAAAUUCUUUUUCUCCAGAUAGCCAUGAAACCAAGAAAGAAUAGCAACAUGAUCGUCAGCCCCCAAAUCCCUCCUCCCCACACAAAAAAAAACAAAAAUGGUGCAGGCACAUCAACUACCCCCCAUCCCCCUCCCCUGCACACAAAAACGCAUGAAAGAUCAGGCAAAAAACGCAAUACAAAAAAAACAUGUAAUACGCUGUAAGGCUUCACUGCCAAGGCUAGUGUAAUGUCUUCUCUGUAAUGUUCUACUGCUAAGGAAAUGGUUUCUCUAUAGCAGCAAUGUUUGGGUUAUGUCUAGAGACAGCGGGGCUUUGGAAUGCAGGGGUUAGCCAAUGAGGAAGUGUUUUAUUUUCUUGUGCGCCUGGGAGUCGAGUUUCUUGCGGUCCUUUUUUUCGUUGGGGUGCGAUGGAGAGAGAGGAUGUGAAUGGAGAGAGUUGGAAGAUUACUGGACGGAGUGAACUGAGGAUCGAGGGUCCUAGGGCCGGCUACGCCUCGAGGUCAACAGGAACAAAUGAACGAACGGUAUGAGUUGACACAGAGCAUCAAUUAAGAAUCUUGUAGUGGAUGUGUUGGAGCUUAAUUAAUGAUUGUGUAACAAUGCAGUGAACAAGGUGUGUUUCAUGAAUAGCUCUAUGAAAAAUGUCCGCCUGUAACACCUUCACUGAACACGUAUGGAAACCUGGUGAAUGUAAGAACUGUUUUAAACCCAAAAGUUUGCAUAGUUUGACUACUGCUUCUGAAACCCCUCCUCGUUCAUGUAACAAUUUAAAAGCUAAUGCUAACCAUAGCAACAACCAGCGGGGAAGGUCAGGCACUGGUAACUUUCGGCCUCCUGUAGCCAAAAAGCCAACAAUUGCUGUGAAGCCCACAAUGAUGGUCACAGAUGGACAAACUGUGAGUACAGAAAUGGAGACUACGGAAAGCUGUGAAAGUAAGCAUAUGUUUGUAGGAUGGAAUAAAAAUGGUGUUGUAAUCAACAGAAAAGUAGUAAAUAAUAACAAUAAUGAAGAGAGCAGCAGCAAUUCUCAGGGACCUUGUGGUCCAGACAGAGUUAGUAGUAAUAGGAAACCAAACAACAACAAUAAUGGAUUAACUGAUGUAUUGAAGGAAAUAGUUGGGUUUGAGCCUGAACCACAAUUACAGGACAAAGAAUGUGACAAAGAGACCUUUCUCGGAAGGAUCAACAAAUGUUACCAGCGCUCAUUGGAAAGGAAGCUUCCUCCAAGUUGUAUUGUGGCAGGUAUGAAAGAAAAUGCAGGGAAGCACGUUGUACUCAGCAACAGCUCAGAGGUUAUCAGCAAUGAAGGAGGACUCUUUUGCUACCCAGACCCUUCCUUCAGUAGUGAUUGCAGAGUAGAUAAUGAUUCAAAUGAGAAUGUAACAGAAGAACGAGAAAGUUGGGAUGAAAGUGAUGAAGAGCUGUUGGCGAUGGAAAUACGUAUGCGUGGUCAGCCACGUUUUGCUAAUUUUAGGGCCAAUACACUGUCUCCUGUCAGAUUCUGCAAUGACAAAAAGUGGAACACAGUGCCAUUGCGAAAGCAAUCCCUACUGAGAAUUUGUGCUGUUGACUAUGAUGAUAGUUAUGAUGACAUCCUAAAUGGAUAUGGCGAUGAAGCUCUGAUCCCAUAUGGCCAGGAUAGUUUGCCAAGUGUUUUAUCUUCUGAAUCAACAUCUCCUGAUUCAUCAAUGACAGAGGGAUCUCAAACAGGAACAACGAAAAUUACGCAUCAACAGCUUUGCAAUGGUGAUCUUGCACCAAGUGACUGCAAAAACACCAAGUCAAUUGAACCAGAUUAUGAAAGCAUUAAUGAAAGUGAGCAGGUUCCCCACCUAAAGCAGACUCCAUUUAAACCAGCAAGAGGCACUGCAGUGAAGUCUCUUGAAACUCAUAAAGCAGUUCUUGCUCUGAGGUUGGAAGAGAAGGAUGGGAAGAUAGCCUUACAAAACGAGAAGCAAGAUUUAGAUACAAGUUCCACAGACAUUUCUGGGCAAACAGUGACAAUUAAUAUUAUUCCAAAGGAAGAACAAGCAAAACCAUACAGAGUUGUAGACUUAGAACCACCAGGGAUGUGUAAGCCAUAUACUGUAGUUGAUGUCUCAGCAGCAAUGAACAACAAAAAGUCUGGUAGCCCAUCUGAAUUGCCUCAAGGUGCAAAGACUUCACCGACAAGUACAAACCCACCAACACCACCUCUGAGUCAGACGAACAACCAGAAAAAGUCAAGUAUCACUAGAUAUCAAGAAGUAUGGACUUCCAGCACAAGCCCAAGGCAAAAGAUGCCCAGAGUUGCUUUAGUGUCAAGUGGUUCUGGCCCUACACCUCCGCCAAGACAGCUUACUCAUAAAUCUGCUCCUACAUCACCGACUAAUACAAAUGUUAUUUCGAAAACUAUUCCUGUAAAGUCACCAAACCUGUCUGAAAUCAAGUUUAAUAGUUACAACAAUGCUGGGAUGCCCCCUUUCCCUAUCAUCAUACAUGAUGAGCCAACAUAUGCCCAGAGCUCAAAGCACAAGGCUAUAAAAGUACCAAUAGUAAUUAAUCCAAAUGCUUAUGACAACCUAGCCAUUUAUAAAAGCUUUUUGGGUCCGAGUGGGCCGAAUAUAAAGAAGGAAACUUCAGGAAAUAUGAUGAACCAUACAUAUGAAGAAAUUGGGUCAGCAGAAAAGAAAUCUGCAGGUUUGCCUCAAGCAAAAGCUCCAAGUAGCAGCAUAGAACAAAAGGUGCUUGGCGCAGUUGCACAGAAAGUACAAGAAUUUAACAAAGCACAAAAUCUGUCACAGUCCUCCCCUCAUAAAGGCCUUGGAUCCAAUCAGUGCUCUCCUUCCAGAGUUCAGCGAUCUAAUCAAGAGUCACCAUCCCGAAAAGAAGGCACGGCAGAAAGGCAGAAAUCGCCGGCAGUUAGAGAAAAUGCCAAUGCUGUACUUUCUCAAAUAGUUGCAUCCAUUCAGCCUCCACAGCUGCCACCCGAAACUCCUCAGACACAAUCAAAAUCUAGCAGUGCAGAAGAGCUGUACUGUCAACCUCCUUCCAUCUCAGAAGGCAAUAGUGACACUUAUACUCGGCCGAAGUCAUUAUUCUCUCCACAGGCAAACAGUGGAGCAGAAGUCUGCAAAGUGGUGGACAGCAGUGUUACAAAAGGGCAGAAAGAAAGUAUUCUUACAAAGCAAGUUACUGUUCCCACAUCAAAACCAGGUACAGUGCAGUCACCGGGUGGAAUUAGUCUGAGUCCGAAGAAUGAACAGCUGCCUCCAUUUCCACCACCACGUUCAACAUCAUCCCCUUACCAUGCAAGCAACCUUCUGCAUAAACAUUUCAGUAACUGGGGCAAGCCGAAUAGUCCCGUACGAAUAACUGAGUCUGAUUGUCCAUUGUUGAACUCAGAGACUCGUCAACGCCCACAAGAUUCUAAACCAAAGCGAUGGAUCUCCUUCAAAAGCUUCUUCCGUCGUCGUAAGACUGAAGAAGAGGAAGAGAAAGAGAAAGAAAAAGACAAAGAUAAGUUAAUUGGAUUGAAUGGACGGGUGAUACAUAUGCUGCCACCACCACCCAUACAACGUCUGUGCAGUGAACAGAAGAUAUUAGAGCCAUCUGAGAAACUGACUGCCAUAUUGAACUACAAACCAGACCUUGGACUGGAUGAUAUAAAGGUUGAGACUGGGAAAUUAGAAAUUGCUACAGAGGACACUGAAAUCUACCCCACCCUGAAUGAAACACAGGCCGUGGCAUCUGGAUUGUACAUUGGUGAAAAGCCGACAAGGGUUCCUGAAAAUGGAAAAGAGUACUGUCUGGACAGUCAAAGCUCUCCUCCGCCUCCUCCACCAAAGAAAUUUAAUAACAACCUACUGGGUGAGGUGACCAUUGAAGACAUGUCGCCACAGGAAUCAGAAGUUCAAAGGUCGGCACUAGCGAGCCAGGAAACAUCUGGCGCAAUGACUCUGGUGCUGGCCACCACGGGAUCUCAGGAUGAAAAAGACACGGGCAGUGAGUCAGCUGAUGAAAGCAUCAGUAGCGCUACCUACAGCAAUUUGGUAAAAUCACAGAGCUUGCGGGCUGUGGAUGGAGGCUCAGCAACAUACGGAACAGCACCUCUUCUGAGAGCCAAAGGACAAUCACGGGCCAACAUGAUACCCCUGAAGCAGCCAAGGCAAGUGAAAGGAGCUUCAGAUGAUGCCAUUGCAUUUGGGGGAUUCGUAGAACAGGAAAAUAUGUCCGAGACACAGCCAACGCCGCCACCUCUUCCAAAGAAGACAAUAAUCCGAGCAAAUACUGAUCCAGCAUCAAAGGACUAUGUCCACAAAAUGAUAGAAGUGAAGAAUUCUGGUCACAAUGUAAAUUUGGCAAAUCCACUGUACGAUGUUGACUAUCUUGGGGAUACAAACUGGGAUGCAUCAAGUGCUUGUUCGUCGGUCAGCUCAGAUGCCAGGAUAUGUGACAAUGAGUCAGGGGACUCACUGGACAGAGCAGUGGGCAAGUCAACUGCAAAAACAAGUGUAUCAUCAACAGCUAAUAGCAUAUGUAGCCUCACCAUGAGCAGCAGUAAAGAGAGGUGCUCAAAUAGCUUGGAUUCGUUAUCUGAUAAAAACCGCUUUCCUCAAAGAUCGGGUAAAAGCAUACAGAAGCCACAAAGACAUGCACUCUACAAAGGGAUAGAGAACAAAGAAGAGGUGGUGCUGAAAAUUCGAAAUCUCCACACUGACUCUCUAAAGAAAUUGGCAGCUAAAUGUGAGGACAAGUUCAUGCAGGGUCAAAAGAACCAGCUUCGCUUUGGAUUGGAUAACUGGUCCGAUUUCAGACUGACUAGUGAUAAACCUUGCUGUGAGGCAGGUGAUGCUGUUUACUAUACAGCAUCCUAUGCUAAGGACCUCCAUAAUCAAUAUGCAAUCAAGAUAUGUAAAAGUCGAGCGAAGGCUUCCCAGCAGCUGUAUUACCAUAGUCUAGCUGUAAGGCAAAGCCUUGCCGUGCACUUCAACAUCCAGCAAGACUGUGGGCACUUCCUCGCUGAGGUACCAGUCCGCAUGCUUCCCUGGGAGGAUCCCAAUGCCCCAGUAUUAGAAGAAGAAGAUGAUGAAGAUAGGUCAGAAGUUUCACAUGAGCCAAGGAACAGCUCCAAUGGCAAAGGAACUUCCAGCAAACACAGAAGUCGUGUGGUAGUCAUUACUCGAGAGGUUCCAUACCAAACUGUUGCGGAUUUUGUGCGUGAAUCAGCUCCUCGGCACAAAAGAAACCCAGACAUCUAUGAGCGACAAGUUUGCUUAUUACUGCUCCAACUCUGUGCUGGCCUCAAUCACUUGAAGCCACAUCAUGUUACACAUUGUGACUUGAGAUUGGAGAAUCUGCUCUUGGUGCGAUGUGGACAUGGAGCCGUGGGAAACUGUGAAGCAGAAAAUGCGAUUACAGGCACAGAAUUGCCGAGGCUUAUCAUUAGUAACUUUUCCCAGGCCAAGCAGAAAAGCCAGGUGGUAGAUCUAGAGGUCUUAAGGGAUCAGUCAAGACUUGCGCCUGAGAUUAUUACCAUCACGCAGUAUAAGAAGUGUGACGAGUUCCAAACAGGAAUCCUCAUUUAUGAGAUGCUGCACCUACCCAAUCCAUUCGAAGAAAACCCAGAACUGAAAGAGAAGGAAUACACCCGAAUAGACCUCCCAGCUAUACCCAGGCGUUCAGUCUACUCCCAGGGGCUUCAGCAGCUUGCAGGUCUCCUUCUCCACCCUAAUCCCUCAGAACGCAUCCUUAUUUCAGACGCCAAAGUCUACUUGCAGUGCCUCCUUUGGGGACCAAGAGAUGACCUGGUCCAUACACUCAAAUCAUGCAGCAGUAAUGCAGACAGAAAUAGCAUAUUGCAAAAUUGGCUGGACCUGAAACGGACACUACUCAUGAUCAAAUUUGCAGAGAAGGCCAUAGACACUGAAUGCAGUGUUAGUCUUGAGGUCUGGCUUUGCUGUCAGUAUUUGGCCUUUGCUUCAGUAGAAUCCCUCAGUCAUAUUGUGAAGCUUCUGCAGCUCCAGUAACCUGUGUCACUGCUGCUUAAUUCCUUUCCUUCCCCUCCAAAUUUGGAUUUAUGUGCAAUUUUUUGUAAAUGUUCCAACUUUGUAAAUGGCAGUAUUUAAAGUGUAUGUAAUAGAUUUCUACGUUUUGAAAAGUGAUGCCUCUCAUAAGCAACAAUUGCUUUUUUCCCCCCAGGCACAUAAGCAAGCUGCUAACUUGCUCUUAAAAUGGAUUCUCAGAUGUCUGCUGUUGAAGCUAUGACAAUUUGUGUUUACCUAUAUCAUGCCUUGAAAAAAAACUACAGCCACUUUGCUAAAUUUGCAUUAAUGGGUCAGUUGCACAAAAAGAGAUUAUCAAAGAAAUGUAAUCUUAACUCCAUCAAUUUGUGGCAAUGUUGCUAGAUGAAAGGGGGAAAGAUUUUCUGUUUUGUAUGAGUGGGAUUUUUGGGGUUCCAUUAAGGAAUUUUGUUGAUUGUAAUCGCGGAGGUCUUGGAGCCCUCUCUAACAUUGUCCUGAGUGAAUCUUCCUGCUACAGCAAGAUAGAUAGUGACAGGCAGGUCAAAGUAAAAGAUGGAGUAAUGAAAAGGGAAGGGUCCUUGCAUUUGGUGGGUUGCUGAUGAAGAUUGCAGUUUUAACAAUGACAUAAAUCUUCCAAACUGCCUUUCUUGUGGUUACUUAUUGUAAUUGCAUUAAACCUUAGUCAAACAAAUAAAGUCCACAGGAUACUGUUGCAGUAGAAUUUUUUACAUUGGAUUUUACAGCUCCUGUCCGUACCUGUUUAUUUUAAUGCAAUGAAAAUACUUGUUAAUCUUUUAACAAUAUUGAACUAAUGUUUAUUUGCAAUUGUUACAGUGCAUCAUUUUUUGCUUGUUUAUUUAAUAUUUGGGUCUGUUUGAUCUGGUGACAGCUUGGUGAUUGUGACACCCAGUGGUAUGACUGAAGAUCUAAAAGACCUGAUUGUUUCUGGCAAUAUCUUCCAAAUUUUGUUGUGAACUUUUCGGCUGAGUUACAUCUCACAUGAACAUGUCAGUGGAAACUGUAGCCAGAGGACACAAAUGGCCUCAAAUGAAUUUCACUGUCUCCCCACCCUUCUCCACAGAGUAUAGUGAAACAGGUUUGCCUGGUCACAGCAUGACAAAUGCACAGUGCAAUAAGCUGGCUGAAGCUAUAACCCAAAAGGCACACAAUGUUGAAUUGCCUUCCUGCCCUGUUGAGAGUGCAUUGUCACCAUCAAGCUUGUACUUCAAAGUGUACUUGGAAAGGAGAGAAAGGAUUUCUUUACCAAAAUAUACUUUCUAUUAUUAUGCACUCACAUUAAAGGAAGAAGUAUUUUAAUGAACUAAAACUUGAAAAAACAGUAUUAUAGUGCAGAAACUAAUGAACACAUUUAUUUAAACAGUUUGAUAUGCUGAGCUAUUUUGUCAUCUUAAAAGGGACGUAUGUGUUGCAGUUAAGAUUAGCAUCUGUUGCCCACUGCUAAUUGUCCUCAGGCAGUGGCCAUUUUGAACUAUUGCAGUGUACCUGGUGAAGCUGUCAUGUUAUUGUUAGAUGGUGUUCCGGGAUUUUUACCUCCAUGAUGAAGAAAAAGCACCUUAAAUUCUAGAAUCACCAUGGUGUAUGGCUUGGAAAAGUCAUAUACCACGAUAAUUAGAGAGCAUUAGGUUUGUAGGAGGUGAUUUCCCAUGCACCUGCUGCCUUUAUCCCAGGCAGUAAUGGACACAUGUUCGCAGAAUGCUGUUGAAGAGGCCUUGAUGAGUGACUGGGGCAGAUUUGUGGCAAAGGUGAAGGGAAAGAAUGUUUGGGAGGUGGCGGGCAUGUCAGCAAAGUGGUUGGUUUUUUCCUAAGUGGCUAAGCUACUUUGGUGGUGUUAGAUCUACACUCAUCCAGGCUGGGGGAUCUGCAAAGGAGGUAACUUGCCAUGGAAUACUGCCUACUGCUCUGUGUGGCUGGUCGGUUGUUAUUUCUCAGUUGUAGACCUGCCCCAUGAGAGUGUUGAUCAUGGCGAUUCGGGGUGCAGCAGAGGGUUGAACUGAUAGUAAAUCUGUUGAAGUCAGAGGAGUGGUUAUAUUCUUUCUUUUGGAGUUGACCGUUGCAUCUUUAUGGCACAUUUAGUACUUUGUACAGGUCGACCUUCACUAAUCCGGCACCAUUGGGACCUGAGAAGUGCCGGAUUAGUGAAAAUGACGAAUUUCAGAAGGAUCACAUUAAGCAUAAUCAGUGCCAGAUUAUCGAAAGAACCGGAUUACAGGUAGUUGGAUUAGUGAAGGUCGACCUGUACUUAUAAACUCAUGAUUGAAUUUUGUUCUUUUUUUGUGUGCAAGAAACUCCUACUGUGAUAGAACAUAAAACAGUACAGCUCAGUUCAGGCCAUGAUGUUAUACUGACCCUUUAACCCACUCUAAGGGUAAAAUCAAUCUAACCCUUCCCCUCCCAUAUAGCCUUUUCAUUCAUGUGCCUAAGAAUCUCUUAAAUACCCCUAAUCUAUUUGCCUCUACCACCAUCCCCAGUAUUACGUUCCACACACUUAACACUACCUGUGUAAAAAAAAAACACCUACCUCUGACAUCUCCCUUAUAUCUCCAAUCACCUUAUUAUAUGCCCUCCCAUAGUAGCCAUUGCUGCCCUGGGGGAAAAAAAGUGCUGGCUAUCCACUCUAUCAAUGCCAGUUGUCAUCUUGUACGCUUCUAUCAAGUCACCUCUCAUCCUCCUUUGCUCCAAAGACAAAAACCCUAGCUCGCUGAACCUUCCCUCAUAAGACAUGCUCUUCAAUCCAGCCUGCAUCCUGGUAAAUCUCCCCUGUACCCUCUCUGAAGCUUCCACACCUUUCCUAUAAUGAGGCGACCAGAACUGAACACAAUACUCAAAAGUGUAGUCUAACCAGGGUUUUACAGAGCAAUACCUCAGAGCUCUUGAACUCAGUCCCACAACUAACGAAGCUCAACAGACUAUACCCCACCUCGACCACCUGAAAUGAUUGACUCUAAGAUCUUCAACCAUCUGUCAUCGCCAUUGUCUGCUUUGAAGUAUCACUUGUAGGCCAAUAGGACUCCCAUGUUUUAGUAUAGCAAUCACAGCAAUCCCUGAAUGGGGUAUUUUACUACUUAAUAAAACAAAAGUAAACUAUUAGUAGUGCCUGAAGUUGAUGUUGGGCUAUGUUCCUGUUUAAUUGAUGAUCAUAAAGAAGAGAUGAACAGGACUCAAAGUGCAUGUGUUCCAAUGAAAUUCCUUUCGAAUAAGUCAAAACAUUCAUUAAAAUGGCAGCAAAAGAUGAUUUGUACUUGAUAUAGUUUCAUGGUGUUUAUGUCUAAUUCUGUAAACAUUCAAGGUAAAGGUGAAGCAGAUAGUAUAGGUGAUGUGAACAGGUUUGUUACUUUGACAUUACUUUUGUGCAAUGAAAUUUGGCUUUUAUGUAGUUGACUUCCAAACAGUUAACAUGUUAACUUGAAUAUACCAAAUCUGUGUAAUUUACUGCAAUUUUAAGUAUGGAUGUGGCAAAAGUAGCAAAAUGCAUCAGACCCAAUAUACACACCGUGGCCACUUUAUUAGGUACACCUGUACAUAAAUGCAAAUAUUUAAUUAGCCAAUCAUGUGGCAGCAACUCAAUGUAUAAAAGCAUACAGACAUGGUCAAGACAUUCAGUUGUUGUUCAGACCAAACAUCAAAAUGGGGAAGAAAUGUGAUCUAAGUGACUUUGACUGUGGAAUAAUUGUUGGUGCCAGAUAGGGUAGUUUGAGUAUCUCAGAAACUGCUGAUCUCCUGGGAUUUUCACGAACAACGAUCUCUAGAAUUUACAGAGAGCGAUGCAAAAACAACAUCCAGUGAGUGGCAUUUCUGUGGGCAAAAAAUGCCUUAUUAAUGAGAGAGAUCAGAGAAUGGCCAUAUUGAUUCAAACUGACACAAAAGCCAGAGAAAAAGUUACAACAGUGGUAUACAGAACAUCUCAACACACAUUGAUCCUUGAAGUGGAUGGACUACAAUAGCAAAACGAACAUUCUGUGAGUGGCAGCUCUACGUCAGCAGUGCACCCACCUCUGAGGGAGAAAGUUCCAGUUCAAAACUCACUUCAUUAAUCUGAGCACAAAAAUCUAGUUAGACAGUUCUGUGUUGUGCAUUCCUGGCACUGUCUGGCAUCUGAGACAUUAAAUCAAGUUAUAUCUCCCUCUGGAUGGAUGUAUAAGAUUAUCAUGGAACUAUAUUUGGUGGGGAAAACUGGGAAAUUGUUUCUGGUGGCUGAACUUUAAUUUUUAAUCAAUGUAUUAAUGUACUGAUGUAUUGAAAGUACAUUAAUCUGUGGGGAGGACAGUUUCAACACCGCUGUUGUGGGAUCGCACUAUAUCAAACUGACUGCCACGUUUCCUACAUUUUAAUAAUUUUACUUCCAAAGUUGCUUUGAGAGCUUCAGAAAAAUGGUCAAAAAUGCUUUUUGAUGGUGAAUUUUAAUCUCCAACAUAUAUCACUAGUAAUGGGUAGGACAAAACUAGAAGAAAACCUGUGAACAAUUGCAGUUAAGUUUUGGGGAAAUUUCUUUCCAACUCCACAAAGUAGUCAUGCAAGAUCUAUGAUGGUGUAGUUACUUAUGACUGCGAAUUAUUAGAUUAGAUUAGAUUAGAUUCAACUUUAUUGUCAUUGUGCCAAGUACAGAUACAAAGCCAAUGAAAUGCAGUUAGCAUCUAACCAGAAAUGCAAAGAAGUGUUAUAUACAAAAUAACUGCAAAUGAAAAAUAAGUGCUACAGCACACAAAUAUAAAAGUACUAAGACAGUACAAUACAGAUGCAAUACUGCUUAGUGCUGUGAUGAGAGGUUCAGCAGGGUCACAGCCUCAGGGAAGAAGCUCUUCCUGUGCCUGCUGGUGCAGGAGCGGAGGCUCCUGUAGCACCUACCGGAUGGGAGGAGAGUAUAAAGUCCAUGGUUAGGGUGAGAUGCAUCCCUGAUAAUGCUUUUCGCCCUGCUCAGGCAGCAUUUAUGGUGGUUGUUCUCAACGGUGGGCAAUUGGGUGCCGAUAAUCCGCUGGGCAGAUAUUAUUAGGUGAAUAUCACACUUCCCUCCCUCUGGAAUUUUCCCAAGUCCUUCACACCCACUUUUAUUGCUUCUGCCUAAAAGCUACAGCAGAAUGUGAUCAUCUGAUCAAAGCAACACCCUUCAUACACAGAGAGCAGGUCACUGUUUCAAAUUCAUAGCCAAAUAAGCAGUUAAUCCUUUGAGAUUUUUUUCCAACCUAUUUUGUUUGUCAUAGUCAUAGAGAUACAGUGUGGCAACAGGCCAUUUAGCUCACCAGGUCCAGAGUAAUAGGGCACUACAGCACAGAAGCGGUCUCUGUGGCUCACCUGGUCCGUACCUAUUAUUCUGCCUCAUCCGAUCAACCCACACCUGGACCAUAGUCCUCCAUACCCCUCCUAUCCAUGUACCUAACUAAACUUCUCUUAAAUGUUGAAAUCGAACCCAUAUCCACUUCUGCAGGCAGUUCAUUCCACACACUCACCGCCCUGAGUGAAGAGGUUCCCCCAGGUUCCUCUUAAAUAUUUCACCUUGCACUGUUAACCAUGACCUCUAGUUGUAGUCUCACCAAACCUCAGUGGAAAAAGCUUCCUUGCAUCUGCCCAAUCUAUACUGCUCAUGUUGACCUUCAAACACCCUUUAAAUACAUCCUUCUUCAAUUCCUAGUUUCCAUAUCCUAUCCACCUUCCCUUUAACUCUCCCAUUCUCAUAUUUUUACUAACUCUAAUUAAGCAACGAUAAAAUAGCAAGGAUGUUUUGAAUAAAACUAAGGUAUGGGAUGCCGGACUUAACCACACCUUUUGAGUUCCAACCUUUCUCUACCAAUAUUGUUGGCAAUGGAUCCCCUGGCAGCAUAAAUAAUAUUUAAUCGCAUGAAUAUUGAAAAUGUGCACAAAUACUUGUUGGGCUGAUGACGUGUGAAUUAACCCUACAAGAGUUCCACAUAAACGUUAAUUAAACUGGACAGACCUCACUUUCAACGUGAGCUUUGUAAGUUUAAAAUAAAAGGCUUUCUCCCUAUUUAUUCUUCUGUUGAUGGAAUCAAGUUUAAUUACUGAAUUACUUGCUAAUCGUCAUAGACAAAGAGCAUGGGAUCAGGACCUUUAGCCCAUCCAGUACGGGCUAGCCAUCGUGAAUUCUGUGAUCAAAGUGAACAAAACUGGUCAUAAUGUUUCUCUGUACCAAUCCCAAUCAUAGUCAGUGGAGGGUGGUAGUGGUGGGGGCACAUUAAGUGAUGUAGGAGGCAAAAUAUGGUAACCCAGGUCCAGAGUGAUAAGAAAGUGCCUGAUUGUAGUUGUAUAGAUACCAGUAUUAGAAAGAGAACACAGUGACUCUUACAAUAUUUUUCAUGUACAGAAUGCCAGAGUGUGUUAAUGCUUUCAAAACUAGCCUAAGUAUUAGUGUUUACAUUUUUUUUUACCAUUUGUGCAUCUUUUUUGGAAAUAUCUAGUUGCUUUUUUCCCUGAAAGACCUUAUUAAAUGUGCUUCCCUAGGCACCAAAGUUAUAUAUUUGAGUCCUGCAAAGGAAUAAGACAGGAUCUGUUUAUUAACCACUUGGUUCUCUGCUGUAAAUAAGAAGAGGAUAUUUUUUUGGAAGUAGUGGAUUCAGCCACACCCCCCCCCCCCGGCCCCCAACACACUGGUAUUGUGCAGUAGUUGAAAACGCUAGAACUGCAAGAGUGACCGUUAGCACCUGAAACCAGCUUGAGUGAUACUUCAGGUGGCUGCUUGCUUUAGUUGACAAUGGGCUGUUUUAUAGUUUUUUGUUCUAGCAUGCACAGAUUUUCUCUGCAAUAGCACACUGCUGAGUGGUGAAGAUUGCCUUACUUUCAAAUGCUGUCACUGAACCUGUUUGACAGUUUGCGGGGUGGGGAGGUGUUGGAAUUGUGAGUGGUGCCUUUCAUAACUCUCUUAAAUAAACAAUAAAACCUUUUGAGCAACUGACCCAGUCACUGCACAUAGCUUUCUGUAUUCUGUACUGCUGAUGACAAGACUGUUUCUCUGUGAAAAUGCAAAGCCAUCAGUAUCUAUAUUCUGAUACAUGUAACUUAGUUUGGAUCUACUGUAUUUAAAUAAUCAUUGUACCAAUACUGCAGUAUCCUGCCCACUCCAGAAACUAUAUACUGCUGCUUUGAGUGGUUAGCUGAAAACUGAGGCGUGCGUGAUCUACAAAAUGGAUGAAAUGCUAAUUGUGUGAUUCUUGUAAUCGUUAUAUUGUGUAACAAUCUUGUAAAUGGUUAUGUUUUAUUAAAAAAGUCAACUGUAUCAUGA